CGUACCACGGCAGUGGCGGGGGCGCGCUUCGUGGGCAGCCGGCGGGCUCCGAGGCCGUGAGCGCAAAGCCUCAGGCCCGGGCUCCCUCCUGAGCUGCGCCGUGCCAGGCCGCCCGCCGGGAUGCAGUGGGCCGUGGGCCGGCGGUGGGCGUGGGCCGCGCUGCUCCUGGCUGUCGCAGCGGUGCUGACCCAGGUCGUCUGGCUCUGGCUGGGUACGCAGAGCUUCGUCUUCCAGCGCGAAGAGAUAGCGCAGUUGGCGCGGCAGUACGCUGGGCUGGACCACGAGCUGGCCUUCUCUCGGCUUAUCGUGGAGCUGCGGCGGCUGCACCCAGGCCACGUGCUGCCCGACGAGGAGCUGCAGUGGGUGUUCGUGAAUGCGGGUGGCUGGAUGGGCGCCAUGUGCCUUCUGCACGCCUCGCUGUCCGAGUAUGUGCUGCUCUUCGGCACCGCCUUGGGCUCCCGCGGCCACUCGGUGUCACUGUGCGAUUGUCACUCAGGGCGCUACUGGGCUGAGAUCUCGGAUACCAUCAUCUCUGGCACCUUCCACCAGUGGAGAGAGGGCACCACCAAAAGUGAGGUCUUCUACCCAGCUCUCCAGCGCCCCCUGCCCCCGAAGCUGGCUGGAAGGAAGGUGGGAGACACCUGUUGGGGAGCUGAGAGCGGCAGAGCCCACAGGAGCCUCUCCCCAUGCGCCCCGCCCGCCCUGCCCCUCUCGGGUCCCGCCCCCGCGGCCGCCGCAAGCAGCGCGGCGAGUGAGCGCACAGCCGCCAGAGGAGCGCAGGGCGGCGGGAGCGCACCGCCGGGACCCAGACGAGGCCAGGGCCGCCCGGGAGGCGGGCGGAGCAAAGGCAGCGCCGUGGAGACGCCGGGGGCAGCGGGCCACGCCAGGCAGGCGGCCCUUUCCUCGGGGUCCCGCCUGGUACCAGGGCCCCCCUCAGCUGGGGGACUGCGCCUGGAAGCUGUCAUGGAGGCCCUGCAGAAGCAGCAGGCAGCUCGGCUGGCCCAGGGGGUGGGGCCAUUGGCCCCUGCACGCCCGCUGCUGCCACCGCGGCCUCCCCUGCCUGACCACCGGACCCUACAGGCCCCUGAGGGGGCCUUGGGGGAGGUUGGGGCUGAGGAAGAGGAAGAUGCUGAAGAAGAUGAGGAGAAGGGGGAGGAAGCUGGGGCAGAGGAGGAGGCAGCUGAGGAGAGCCGUCCAGGGGCCCAGGGCCCCAGCUCGCCUUCUAGCCAGCCCCCUGGACUCCAUCCCCAUGAGUGGACCUACGAGGAACAAUUCAAGCAGCUGUAUGAGCUCGAUGCAGACCCCAAGAGGAAGGAAUUUCUGGAUGACCUGUUUAGCUUCAUGCAAAAGAGGGGGACGCCAGUGAACCGCGUGCCCAUCAUGGCGAAGCAGGUGCUCGACCUGUACGCUCUGUUUCGCCUGGUGACCGCCAAGGGCGGCCUGGUGGAAGUCAUCAACCGCAAAGUGUGGCGGGAAGUCACGCGCGGCCUCAGCCUACCCACCACCAUCACCUCGGCCGCCUUCACUCUACGCACCCAGUACAUGAAAUACCUGUACCCGUACGAGUGCGAGACUCGAGCGCUCAGCUCCCCAGGGGAGCUCCAGGCCGCCAUAGACAGCAAUCGGCGCGAGGGCCGUCGCCAGGCUUACACCGCUACUCCGCUCUUCGGCUUGGCAGGGCCGCCCCCUCGGGGCGCUCAGGGCCCAGCCUUGGGUCCCGGCCCCCCCGCUCCGGCGACCCAGCCCAGCCCCGGCCCCGCCCAGAGCUCCGCCUCCGGCCUGCCAGCGCACGCAUGCGCUCAGUUGAGUCCAAGCCCUAUUAAGAAAGAGGAGAGUGGAAUUCCAACCCCUCGCCUGGCACUGCCUGUGGGCCUGGCAUUGGGACCUACACGGGAGAAAUUGGCACCAGAGGAGCCCCCAGAGAAGAGAGCUGUGCUGAUGGGGCCUAUGGACCCACCUCGACCUGGCAUGCCCCCCAGUUUCCUGCCCCGUGGCAAGGUUCCCCUGAGGGAAGAGCGGCUGGAUGGGCCUCUUAAUCUGGCAGGCAGUGGCAUCAGCAGUAUCAACAUGGCCCUAGAGAUCAACGGGGUGGUCUACACUGGUGUCCUCUUUGCCCGCCGCCAGCCUGUGCCAGCUUCCCAGGGUCCAACCAACCCUGCACCCCCACCCUCCACAGGUCCCCCUUCCAGCACCUUGCCCUGAGAGGUCCUACUUGAAACUAAGAGUCCCAGCCCCAUUGCUGAGGGGGGAGGAGACCCCCUGCUUUGAUUCUUUCUGGCUGCCCACUCUGGGACCCAGCCCUGGGAGGGGACCACACCUCCCAUGCCAUGUGGACUUAAAACCAAAGUUUCUUUUGAUGUUACACCUACCUCAUUGUAAAGGGAGGGCACCUCCUCCCUGGCCGAUUCCGGCAGCAUCUACCAAAGGGUUCUUCCUCCAGUAACCCCCAUCAUCUCCUCAUGUGUCCUUUCUGUCAAUGUCAUCUCUAGGACCCUACCCUUUUGAGUCAGCCCUGCUUCUCUUCAGGAGCCAAGUGAAAGUUUGGGUUGGGGUACUGUGAAAGAGACAUCCCUCAGGUCACAUCUAGACAAUAAAGCUGUGAUCCCUCCCUC